AUGGAGAUUGAAAAGUCAUUUGCCAAAUAUAUUCAUUACACAGUUAAGCAAACCUUGGGUAAAGGUGCUCAAGGAAAAGUUAAAUUGGCUUUGGAUGGAGAGAAGGAAGUAGCAUUGAAAUUUGUUUAAUUUUCAAAAGAAAUUGAAAAAGAAAUGUAAAUUCACAGGGGAUUAAAUCAUAAAAAUUUGAUUAAACUAUUGAAUUUUCAUGUGAAUGAGGAAUACACCAAAAGAAGUGGCAAGAAGGAAAUAAAAUCUUGUUUAGUUUAUGAUUAUAUGAAGGAUGGAGAAUUGUAUGAAUACCUUUCUCAAACUGGGCCAUUCAAAGAAGAAACUGCUCGAACAUUCUUCCAUUAGCUUAUUGAUGUGCUGUCGUAUUUACACGGCUAAGGUCUCGCUCACAGAGAUUUAAAGCCAGAAAACAUAUUAUUUAAAGAUGGAUAACUCAAAGUAUCUGAUCUGGGAUUUGCUACAUUUGUUGGAGGCAAUUAAGGAGAUGGAGUAUUGGCAUCUUUCAAGGGCACUAUUAGUUACAUGGCUCCAGAAAUAUUGGUUAGAUAAAAAUAUGUAGGACAAAGUGUUGAUAUAUUUGCAGCUGGUAUUAUUUUAUAUUUAAUGAUGACUGCUCAAUUGCCAUUCAAACAAGCAAAUGCAAAGGAUUAAUUGUAUAAUCUCAUUUGCACAAAUCGGUUUGAUUAGUUUUGGGCUUACAAAGAGAAAUCUGGAAUUCCAAGAUUCUCUAAUGAACUCAAGACUCUCAUUAAUUCUAUGCUAGCCUUUGAUCCACUCUAAAGACCCACUCUUUCUGAAAUCAUUAGUACUUCUUGGUAUCAAGGAACCACCAUUAGCAAUGAAAUAGUUGUUAAAUUGCUAAAUGCACGUAAAUUAAAAAUUCAAGCAUAAUAAGAUAAAGAAAACUUGUAGAAGUUGCUUGACAAAUAAAAAAGAUAAGCAGCUAAUUAAAAUUAAUAAUUGACUGUUGGAAUUGGAAAUUUCAAAAGAGGAGAGGAGGACAUCACCAUAGAUUUAACACUAAAACGAGAAUUAAAACGAUUCAAAUAGACAGAUGUCAUUCUUCCAUUUGAACCUAAUCUUAUUUUUGUUAAACUCAUUGAAAAUAUGGACAAAUUUGCCAACAAGAUUAAUUAUGUCGAUGACAAAAAAUAUAGAGUAACAUUAAAAUUGUUAUAAUAGCUACAUUACUGGUUUAUAUAAAAUAAUGAAGAGUUUGAAAUGGCUAUAUAGUUAGUACAUGGCCCCAUGGAAUCCACUGUUGGGCUUGAUUUCGAAUUAAUCAAAGGAAAUGGGUUGGAGUUUUAUCAAAAAAAAUAAUAAGUAGAGGAUAUGCUGUUAUAAAUAGAAUGA